AGUGAUAAAAAGGAAAGGAGUGAGCAAAAUUCUCCUUCAAUAUCGGCUUGCCUAUACCCAUUUGCAGGCACAUCAUCGAUCAUUCUCUCUUUCUGUCUCCCGGAACAAAUCUUCCUUGUCUUUCAUGUCAUUUGUACAACAUUCUGUCCGAACCGGAGACAAUUCAAGAAAAAGAAUUUUUAAUUUCUUGGAAUUUGAAUUAGCUUAAGUAGAGAAUUAAGCUAGAUAGCCAUGGGGGAAGAGAAAGAGAAGUCUCAAAAUGAAACACCCUCUAGCUCGCUCGACGCAGAAAACCACAACCACCACCACGACCAAGACAAUCAAGAACCUGAGGCAGCCAGAAAUGAGGAACAAUGUGUAGAGCAUACCGAGAAUCCGCCCUCCGUGGAGGCGGAUUCUGAAGCCAAACCCGAUGAGGAUGAGAAUGAGGGGCGAACGGCUAGUGAUGAUCACCAGGAGACGACAUCGGGCGGUGGUGAUCAUCAGGAGGGGGAGGAGAAUCAAGCAGGAGAUGGCGAGGAGGAGCAGGGAGCAACAACCAAGAAUGAAGAUGGUGAAGAAGGAGAAGGAGAAGGAGAAGAAGAAGAAAAUUCUCCCGAGCCAGAGCUCCCUCCCGAUCUCUCUAAGGUAUCUGAAGAGGUGGAUCAAUACAUUUCAGAUAACGAUACGUUAUUGGAGUCCAGAGGGGGCGGCGGCGGAGAAGGAGACGAUGAAUCAUCGCCCAAGUCUUCUCCUCAUCCGGAUGGAGUUCCAAUAUUUGUGGAACAAUUCGCAUUGCUUCUGGAAGACAUGUUACAGGGGUACAGUUCCGGCGGAGAGACGGCCGUGAAAUGGAGGGAGCUAGAGGAGGAGGACGCGGCCGCAUUGUUGGAAGCAGUGAACCGGAUUUGCAGGCUAUACAGAUCCGUCUCGCAAUUCUAUUCUCCAGAACAUCAAAAAUACGCAAAAUCAAUCAACCGUAUAGGCGGCGUACUCCACCGCGCAAUGUGUUUCCUGGAAGAAGAAUUCCGAUCAUCUCUCGACGAUUAUAAGUUUCCGGAUCCAGCACCACCCCCAGCAGAUCCAGAUCCAGCUCCCGCGAUCAACGAUGAAACUCAGGAGAACAAAGGAGAAGAAGAAGAAGGAGGAGAAGGAAACAAAAAAGAAGAGGAGGAUUCCGGCAACGAUGAAUCGCAACAACCUCCGGAAGAUCCGGAAGAGACGACACCACUACCUCCCCCAGUUUUCCCGGGAUAUCCGGAGGAAACGGUGUCCAAAUUGAACAGACUAGCCAAAGCCAUGAUUUCCGGGGGAUACGAAACGGAAUGCUGUCAGGUAUACUUCGUGGCGCGAAGAAACGCAUUAGAGGAGACCCUCCGGGGCAAGCUAGGGUACGAAGGCCAUAGCAUCGACGACGUCCAGAAGAUGAGCUGGGAGAUCGUGGAGAGAGAGAUCUCAACGUGGAUCGCCGCCUUCAACCACUGCGCCACCGUCCUCUUCUCCUGCGAACGAAAACUCUCCGACGCCGUCUUCAACGACUGCCCCCAACUCUCCACCUCCAGCGAGGCCAUCUUCAACAACCUAUCCGGCGGCCUCGUCAUCCAGUUCCUCAUAUUCCCUGAAGCCGUCGCCAUGACCAAACGCUCCGCCGAGAAACUCUUCAAAUUCCUGGACUUGUACGAGACAAUGCGAGAUCAUCUCCCAACCGCCUACGAUAAUUUCCCUCCAGAUUACGUAAACGAGCUAAAAGCGGAAGCGGCUCUAACAAGAGGCCGGCUAGGGGAGGGGAUGGUGGGGAUAUUCUCCGAGCUGGAGAACUCAAUCCAGUCCGAUUCAAGCAAAACCCCAGUCCCCGGCGGCGCGGUUCAUCCCUUGAGUCGUUACACCAUGAACUACCUAAAACUCGCGGGAGACUACAAGGAAACGCUGGAGCAAGUGUUCAGAGAGCACCAGAAGAUCGAGAGAGCCGAUUCCGCUACCGGAUCAGACUUCGACUACAACUCCCAGCCAGUCGAGAGCUACAAACCCCCCACGGCCCCGAAACAAUCGCCAUUCGAGCUCCAGAUAAGAAAAGUAAUGGAGAUUCUGGAAUUGAACCUGGAGAGCAAAUCAAAGAUCUACAAUAACCUCUCGCUCUGCUCCAUCUUCAUGAUGAACAACGGGAGAUACAUAUUGCAGAAAGUGAGAGGAUCGCCUCCGAUCAACCAGUUGAUGGGGGACCAGUGGUUGAGGAAGCAGUCCCAGGAGCUAAGACAGUACCACAAGACAUACCAGCGCGAAACGUGGGGCCGGUUGUUGCAGUGCUUGAGCAUCGAGGGGUUGUUGACCUCGCACGGGAAAGUCAACAAGCCCGUGUUAAAAGAGCGGUUCAAGAGCUUCAACUUAAUGUUCGACGAGAUCCACAGGACACAGAGCACCUGGGUGAUUAGCGACGAGCAGCUUCAAUCGGAGCUCCGGAUCUCCAUAUCUAGUAUGGUCAUACCGGCCUACAGGUCUUUCCUAGCAAGGUAUAGCCAAAUCUUCACCCCGGGGAGGCAGACGGAGAAGUAUAUCAAGUUCCAGGAAGAUGAUAUAGAAACUUACAUUGAUGAGCUGUUUGAUGGGAAAAAAUAGAAACCCCCACCUCCACCUCUCAUCUCAUCUAUUUCCAGGCCAUUGAUGAACAAGCUAAGAAUUGAAGAAGAAGAUUCAUGCAUGCUCGAGUCGUAAUCAUAAUAAUUUUUCUUUCUCGUAUUGUAUUUAAUUUGGAAUGUUAAUCGAUUAAAGUUGUUAUAUAUGUUGUUCAUUUUCUUGUUUGGAAUUGAAAGACUACCGCCACAUACUAGUUUAAUUUGUAAUUUUAUGUCUAGUCAUUCAGCGACUUUUUCUAUGUUUUCUCAUGUAAGCAUACAUCAACACUGAAAUUUUUAUUAUUA